CCAGUCAUCAGAAGUCAAACCAGAAGGGAACUUUUUUCCUCUGUUCGAAACUAUAAUUGCAAUAGCUGAGCCUCUUGUACACAUUUCAUCGAGACGCGAGAUAUGUGGUUGUGAUUGCAGAGACUGUAGUUCAAACAACGAGGGAGCGUAAAAUGGCAGAUCUUUACCAUUCAGAUUCUGAAAUCAUCGCAUUACAAGACUACAUUUGUUCUUUGAACAUUUCCACUCUUCCCAGAAUUCUGGAGAUCCACUCUGGAGUUUACUUCCAAGGAUCAGUCUAUGAAAUAUCAGGAAAUGAGUGCUGUUUGUCAACAGGAGAAUUUAUUAAAAUAAUUCACAUCGAGCUGCAGAAGGUUGGCUGCAACAAUUUGGACAAUGAUUCCACAUUCGACCUCCCACUGAACUACCCAGGGAACUUUGUGCUUAUUCCUGAAGGAGAUCCUUACACCUCAAUUGAAGAAAUUAUUCAAGCAAAAGAACUUGAGAGACAGAACUCAGAAGAAAUCACGUUUUGCUCCAUGACUGAUAUCAUCAUUGACCAAAAUACCAUUAGGAGCAGAGAACCCAUAACAGUUAUUUCAACUGUGGUUCAAGAUGGACAUAAGUUUGCAGAUUGCAUUGUUGACGGCAAUCUUGAGCAGCUGCAUGUAAUGCUUCCAUUUGUGUUAAAAGGCCAGUUUAAUGAAUGUGAAGAUGAUAAGCUAUAUACAGUCAAUGACAUAAUUGAGUCCCAAACUCUGACAAAAAGGAAAGUAAUGCUGGCUGAAACUGAAGGAAUCAACACACCCUACCAUUGUAAAGGCCCGCUGAUCAUUUCACCUGUAUAUGAAAUUCAAGCAAUUAUGAAUUUCAGGAAAGAGGCUGUGAAAAUACCCUCAACUUUGGAGGUUGACGUGAGGGACGUCACAGAGGAACAGAAAAAUAUCACAUUCAUCAAACCAAUGUCACUGACUGAUAUCGCCAACCAAUCUCACCAGAUGCUUCCAAUAAUGGCUAAAAUCUUGGAUGCCCCAGACCAGCAAGCCCCUUUCAUGUCUGAAUGGUUUCAUUCACUUAGGAAGGAGAGAAAUAUAAUAAUUUACAAAAAAGUGGUAGUGAAGAAAAUCCUGGCGACAUCUGUGCGUAACAAGAUCAGCCGGCAUUUCUUAAUCUCUGAUAAUUACAAGGGGACUUUCAGAAGGCGUCCAAGGGAAUUCCCAACAGUGUUUGAUCUUUGCGAAGCCUGCACCCAAGAUGACCCAUUGUACGUUGUGGUUACGAGAGACUGCACGUGGAAUGAAGAUGGACUAUCUUCCCUUUGUAUUGGGGACCACUUGGUUACGAUGUUUAAGACUACUUCACAAGUGGUCAUUGGUGGUGCUCCUCAGAAUAUGGAUGUGCUUGCAUGUAGUAAGAUCCCAGAAGAAGAUGAUGAUGAUGAUGACGGGGAGAAGGAUGUGAGUGAGCCACUUAUGCUUCCUCAUUAUUUGGAGGGUCAUUUUGUAGAAGAAAUCCAUGACACAAAGAAAUACAAAAUCUCAGAAAUAUUUUCCAAGUUCAAAUUCCCAUGCCACGUGAAGGUCACAUCUAAAGAUCAGUCCUUACCAACUGAUUCUUUAACAUCCUUCCCAACAAUCAAACUGGAGAAGAUAUUAGAGGUGCCUACUUUAAUUGUCAGUUUUCUGGAGAAAUCAUCGGAGUGCUUUGCGAUUCCAAUAGAAUGGGUGACCAUGAAUGUCCAAGUCCUGGAAGACUACGCUGGAAAAGAUUGCAGUUACGAAAGCACUGCCCCAGUAGAGGAGCUGACCAACUUCAUGUACUAUAACCUGUGGAAAGUUUCUUCUCCAUCUCAUUGUCCUCCACCUCGUCCACCUAAACGACUAAAGGCAGCAACCCUUUCACCAGCUCCUGCCCCAGCUCGAAAUCCUUCUCAUUCUCCUGUUCCAGGUGACAAGCAGCACCAACCACCUUUGCUUCCUAAGAGACAAUCUAUGAACCCAAUAUCUAACGUCACCAAGAGCAAAGAAUUGCCAUUAAUCUCAGAAAAACUCAUUUUGAAGCAGCAGAGAAAAGCUGCUCCCAAUGAAUAUGUAAAACCUAAAAAAAUGAAAGGAAAGAAAACUGCUGAACCUCCUGAAGUACAGAAGUUAAAUUACGACAGUGACCAUGACUAUGAACAAAUGAUAGAAGUCUCUAAACCCGACUCGGACAAUGAUUAUGAACCGAUAGAAGCUUGCACCCAAAUGUCUUUACAAGCAAUGAAAAUAUCGACACCAUAGGUUUUGAAAAUUAAACAACGUAAUGGAUGCUUUGAGAAUGGUGAAGCAACAACUCGCUGAGGAAACUGCAUCUAGCUGACAAGUUUAGUUUCAUUAAUUUAAGUAAUUGUUGAGUCCGAAAAUAUAACAUGCUUUGGACGGAAAUCAUCUUUUGAAGAUAAAGCAAAGAAAACAGCAACUCUCACUUUCACAUACUGACAAAUCCAGAUCAACAUUUUAGCACGAUAGAUGUAAUAAAGCAAUAUUUCAUUGACCUUAACUUUGAAAAUUAGUUAAAAGAAACACUGAUGGCAUUUUGUUGUCAGAUGGAAAGACUUGUAAUGGGGAUUCAAAAGCAAAGUGGUUUGUAAUAUAUUUGCAGUGUUUUGCCCUUCUGUGUCUGUGCUAGUUCUUUUGAAUUAGCUUUCAACACCAUUCUUUUCAGGCAGUACAAUCCAAAUAUGUAUCUGAAAUAGAGCAGAAAUUAUGUAUGCAUAGAAUGCGCAGGAAAUCAAUUUAUUUUAGUUUUAGUUUUUGAGAUACAGCGUGGAAACAUGUGAGGCUGGGAAAGUACAUUUCGGACCCGCAGACCCUCAGCAUAGGAGCAUCGCAAAGCUGCGUACUCUCCCCUCUCCUCUACUCUCUCUA